GUAAGCAGCCUGAUGAAGGCCACGGUCCUGAUGCGGCAGCCCGGACGGGUGCAGGAAAUUGUGGGCGCCCUUCGCAGGGGCGGAGGAGACCGCCUGCAGGUGAUUUCCGAUUUUGACAUGACCCUGAGCAGAUUUGCUUACAAUGGACAGCGAUGCCCUUCUUCCCACAAUAUUCUGGAUAACAGCAAAAUUAUCAGUGAGGAUUGUCGCAAAGAGGAGCCUUACCAAUUGUUUCUGCAUGACUUAUGAUCCAUGAAGUAGCUGUCCCAGAAGGUCAAAAGUCCUGGUUUCCUAGAAAGAAAUCCUAGCUAAAAGAGGCACAUGCAGAAGCUCUGAAAUUUUCCAAAUGGUGACAUGGAUGGAAUUGUCACCAAUGUGCUGGGAUUCUAACACCAAUCUGCAAGGUCUGUUUUAUGACUCUUUGUCAUGUGCUGGCAGUCCAAGCCUAGCUGCAUGCAUUUUAAGCAAGUGUCCCACCACUUAGCAGGUCCUGAGCCAUAAUUCCAUGAUCUCCUUUCUCAGCUACAUCUGUGGAGCACUUCUAUAAAUCUUUCUCUUUUUCUUUUCUUUUUCUUUUAAUAUGCAUGGAUGUUUUACCAGCAUGUAUGUCUAUGCACCAUAUGCACAGAGUGCCAUCAGCAGCCAGAAGAGGGCACUGGACCCCCCCUGGAACUGGAGUUACAGAGGGUUGGUCCCCACCAACCUGUGGAUGCUGGGAACUGAACCCGAGCACUCUGGAGCAGCCAGUGCCCCUAACCACUGAGCCAUCUCUUCAGCCUUAAGUAGUUUUCUUUUUUAAGUUUUAAUUCUUUCUAUUUUCAAGAUAAGGUCCACUGUAUAGACAAAGAUAGCCCUAAAUCUCAGAGAUCUGCCUGCCUCUGCCUCCCAUGAGAGGGAUUAAAGGCGUGUGCCACCACUGUGCCUGGUGGUUUAUGUACAUAAGUGCUUUAGCUACAUAUAUGUGUGUGUGUGUGUGUGUGUGUGUGUGUGUGUGUGUGUGUGUGUGUGUGUGUGCCGGGUACCCAUAAAGUCAGAAAAAGACAUAUCCCUUGGAACUGGAGUUCCAGUUGGUUGUGAGCCACCUUGUCAGUGUUGGGAACUAAACUCCAGUCUCCUUCAAGAGCAGCAAGGGCUCUUAACCUCUGAGCCAUCUCUCCAGCCCAUGUGUCUGAGAACAGUUCUCACGUAGCCCUGUCUAACCUCAGACUUACUAUGUAGCUAAAGAUAAGCUUGAGCUUCUAAUCCUCCUGCCUCCAUCUCUCAAGGGCUAGGACUAUAGUUAUGUGUCAUCUCACCCUACAUGUGUUUAUGUGUUCCCGGGAAAGAAACCCAGGCACACAUGCGUGCUAGGCAGGCAGCCAGCCAGGGGAGCGGCAUCUCUAGCCCUCCCCUGACGCUUUCACUCCUGUGUCUGACUCACCGGUUAGGUUAGUGUUUAUUACUAUUACGUGUACGAGGGUUUUGCCUACACGUGUGUCUGGAUACCACAUUGAAAUCAGAAGGAGGUGUCAGAUCCUCUAGAACUGGAGUUACAGUUGUGAGCCACUGUGUGUAUGUGCCAGGAAUCGAACUCAUGUCCUCUGCAAGAGCAGCAAGCCUUCUUAACUGCUGAGCUAACUCUUCGGCACCUGCUGAUUUUUGUCAUCGAGAGGAUUGCGCUUUAGCUCACCGAGCUCUUUCACCACUAUUAUCCCAUUGAGAUCGACCCACACCGGACCAUCAAAGAGAAGCUGCCUCACAUGGUGCAGUGGUGGAGCAAAGCCCACAGUCUCCUGUGCCAGCAGAGGAUCCAGAAAGUCCAGAUCGCUCAGGUGGUUGGAGAGUCCACUGCGAUGCUCAGGGAGGGCUAUAAGACGUUCUUCGACACACUCUACCAGAACAACAUCCCCCUUUUCAUCUUCUCAGCGGGCAUUGGUGACAUCCUGGAAGAAAUUAUCCGACAGAUGAAAGUGUUCCACCCCAACAUCCACAUUGUGUCCAACUACAUGGACUUCAGUGAGGAUGGAUUCCUGAAAGGAUUCAAGGGGCAGCUCAUUCACACCUACAACAAGAACAGCUCCGUGUGUGAGAACUCCAGCUACUUCCAGCAACUUCAGAACAAGACCAACAUCAUCCUGCUGGGAGACUCCAUCGGGGACCUCACCAUGGCUGAUGGGGUCCCCGGGGUGCAGAACAUUCUCAAGAUCGGCUUCCUGAAUGACAAGGUGGAGGAGCGGCGGGAGCGUUACAUGGACUCCUACGACAUUGUGUUGGAGAAGGACGAGACGCUGGACGUGGUUAAUGGGUUGCUGCGGCACAUCCUUUACCAGGGGGACUGCGUGGAGCUCCAGGGCUCUUAAGGCUCAGGCCGGGCCCUGCCUCAGCCAUGAGGAGGAGACCUUGCCCACAAAGCCAUCCCCUGUCAGCACAGAGAGAAGUUCAGAGCUGUUGGGCCCUCCCACACCCCCUGACUCCUUCCCCAUGCCUCUGCCUCCCUCCUGCUCACAAGAGGCUCGAGGGAGGCCUGUGGGAAGGCGGCCAAUGCACUUCCAAGUAAACCAUGGACCACAGCCUUCUAACCGAAGUGUGAGCCUUCUACAGAUCAUCUGGUCCAAAAGUUCUCUCUAAGAACGUUUUCAGAGCUGGGAAUACAGAUGGCUCAAUGGUAAAGCCACUGCCUAGCAUAUGGAGGGCCCUGGGUUCCUUCCCCCAGCACUGUAUGGGGGUGGGGGUGGGGGCAGAGAAAAAGAAAAGCUGUAUGUCCAAGAAAUAUAAUGUAAUGUGUGAAUCAGAUGAAAAUUAAAAUACAAGCUGGGCGGUGGA